AUGAAGAACCUCAAGUGCCUUGCUAGUUAUCGGCCUCCCGCUUCGUACUGCAAAGAUACUCCAGUCAGGCUCGAACCGCUUCGUAUUGUCUCUGCUGCUGCACCGACCACUUUCUUCCAUCAUCUAGCAAGCUACAGACACCUCAAUCUAGCGAUGUCAACCCCUAGAGAUCUCAAGGACGCCGGCGAAACGUCGAUCGUCGACAAACAGACCGGCCAGGUUUUCGAACUUGAUACCGAGUCGCUCUCCGCGCUCAACACAUCGGGCUCACCAGGCUCUGGCGCCGCCGCUGCUGGAGCCGAGGCUAACGGGCUAAAGAAGGGCCUCCAGUCCCGUCACAUCCAACUGAUUGCGCUUGGUGGUGUUAUCGGUACAGGUCUGUUCGUCGGAACUUCUUCGACCCUGAGCACGUGCGGUCCCGCGGGACUGCUAACAUCAUACAUCAUUAUCUCGCUCGUGAUCUAUCCGGUCAUGAACUCGCUGGGAGAAAUGGUAUGCUUUCUGCCUGGAAGUAACGGGCAAUCGGGUGGCUCGAUCUCAAAGAUCGUCACUCGUUACGCGGACCCCUCUCUGGGGUUUGCCACAGGCUGGAACUACUACUACUGUUACGUGAUUUUGAUUGCUGCGGAAUGUACUGCCGCUUCGGGUGUCGUCACUUACUGGACGACGGCAGUGCCCAAGGGUGCGUGGAUUGCCAUUUUCCUCGGAGUCGUUACGGUACUGAAUUUCUCACCUGUCAAGAUAUACGGUGAAACCGAGUUUUGGUUCGCUAUUCUCAAGAUUCUGUGUAUCGUGGGCCUGCUGUUCGUGAGCUUCAUUCUGUUCUGGGGUGGCGGUCCAACCCACGACCGCCUAGGCUUUCGUUACUGGCAACACCCAGGCGCGUUUGCUUACCACAUCACCACCGGCAACACAGGUCGUUUUCUGGAUAUCUGGACCGGUGUAAUCAAGGGCGGGUUCGCAUUUAUUCUUGGUCCCGAGUUGGUAGCGAUCACUUCUUCAGAAGCUCUCGACGCGAGACGUAAUAUCGAGAAGGCUUCUCGUCGUUUUGCUUAUCGUUUAGUGUUUUUCUACGUGGCGUCUGCGCUGGCGAUUGGUGUUAUUGUUUCGCGUACCGAUCCCGUGCUUAAAAACGCUUUGGCAGAGGGUAAGGCAGGUGCCGGCUCUUCGCCAUUUGUGAUUGCCAUCCAAAACGCGCACAUCAAAGUCCUCCCUCACAUCAUUAACGCCUGUAUUCUGUCGUCCGCUUGGUCGUCCGGCAAUUCGUUCAUGUUCGCAGCUUCUCGUUCGCUACUGUCAAUGGCUGAGGAUGGCAAUGCCCCUCGCAUCUUGGGACGUAUCAACCGCCAGGGUGUGCCCUACUACGCGGUCGCAUUGAGUGCGGCAUUUUCGUGCCUUGCGUUCCUGAAUGUUUCGUCAGGCUCGGCCAAGGCCUUCACAUGGUUUUCGAACAUUUCAACCAUUUCUGGGUUCAUCGGCUGGAUUUGUAUUGGUGUUGCUUACUUGCAGUUCCGCAAGGCUGUGUUCUUCCGUGGACUAUACGAGCGUGUACCAUUCAAGUCGCCUCUCCAACCAUACGGAACCUAUUUCUUUAUUGUCGUCGUUUCGCUGAUUUGCUUAACUAACGGCUACGCUUCUUUCGUCAACUGGAAUGCUUCCGACUUCGUUGCAGCCUACAUUACCCUGCCCAUUUUUGUAGUGCUAUGGGUCGGACACAAGAUAUACACUCGCACAUGGUCCACCUGGCUAUUGCCCGUCGCCGAGGUCGACGUGACAACGGGUCUCGCGGAGAUUGAGGAAGAGACCAAGAUUCUCGAUGCCCAGCGUAUUCCUCCAGCGAAUGCUUGGCAAAAAUUCGAGCAAUGGUUGCUGUGA